AUGCCGGUGAUGUACAGUAUGGUGGUGCUGCCAAACUUGCGUGACCUUUCAGUGGAUGCAGAAGCUCAGAGUGGAUCUUCACCAACUCUUGAAGGUUACUUCCUUGAGUUCCUGGAGCCAGUCAACAAUAUCACACACUUCCAGGGCCAGACUGCCACGCUGCACUGCAAGGUGGCCGGUAACCCACGACCGACAAUUCGCUGGCUUAAAAACGAUGCCCCCGUCGUCCAGGAGCAAGGACGCAUCACUGUCCGCAAAACCGAGGCCGGGUCCAAGCUCCGGAUAACAGAUCUCGACACUACAGACACGGGCUAUUAUCAGUGUGUUGCUUCUAACCCAUAUAAAGUGAUAUAUGCCACAGGGGUCCUUUAUGUCAAACUGGGACAGAUGCCUACACAUGGUCCAGAUCAUACGUCACAUGAAAAGGGGUUUUGCCAACCUUACCGUGGCAUUGCAUGCGCUCGCUUCAUCGGCAACCAGAGUAUUUAUGUGGAGUCUCUACAAAUGCAGGGAGAAAGCGAGAAUCGAAUCACUGCUGCCUUCACCAUGAUCGGCACCUCCACUCAUUUGUCAGAUCAGUGUUCCAAUUUUGCCAUCCCCUCAUUCUGCUACUACGUCUUCCCACUGUGCGACGAGAGCUCCCGAGUUCCCCGGCGACGUCAGCUCUGCCGAGACGAGUGCGAGGCCCUGGAGAACGACCUUUGCCAUGCUGAGUACACUAUUGCUCGAUCCAAUCCAAUGAUCCUCAUGCAACUAGAGCUUCCCAGAUGUCACCUCCUACCACGUCCGGGAACGCACGAUGCUUCUUCAUGUAUGAGGAUUGGAGUUCCGCCAGAAAAACUAGGACCGUAUUCCCCUAAAGAUCAGAGCUGCUACAAUGGAAGCGGGGCUGACUACAAGGGCGUUGUCAGCAUCACAAAAUCUGGUCACCACUGUCAGCCAUGGAGCGCCCAGUAUCCUCAUAGUCACCAUCUAUCGCAAGACUACCCUGAACUAUGGGGAAGCCACAACUAUUGCCGAAAUCCAGGAGGCCAGAUGCAGGCACCCUGGUGCUUCACCUUGGACCCUCGAGUCAGGGUGGACCUUUGUGAUAUUCCACCCUGCAAGCCUCCAGAGAACCUCAGAAAGGAGAUUCUGUUCAUUUUAAUACCUGCGAUUGCCAUUCCUUUGGUUAUUGCUUGCCUCUUCUUUUUGGUUUGCAUGUGUCGAAAUAAGCAAAAAGCAGAAACCAACACACCUCCUCGCUGCCAGCUCAGCAGCUCGCCCAACCAAGAUAUGGAGAUGGCGCUCCUGAGCCAGCACAAACACCAGGCAAAGCUGAGGGAGAUCAAUAUAUCUGCAAUAAGAUUCAUGGAGGAGCUUGGUGAGGAUCGGUUCGGGAAGGUUUACAAAGGGCACCUGUAUGGCACCGCACCUGGUGAGCAGACCCACGUGGUGGCGAUCAAGACCCUGAAGGACAAGGUCGAUCCUGCUCUCAGUGAGGAAUUUCGCCAUGAAGCCAUGCUCCGCUCUCAACUUCAGCAUCAAAAUAUUGUCUGUGUUCUGGGCACCGUCACCAAAGAUCAGCACCAAAGCAUUCUAUUCACGUACUCAAGCAUCGGUGAUUUGCACGAGUAUCUCGUGAUGCGCUCCCCCAACUCUGAUGUCGGCAGCUCGGAUGAUGACAGGACGGUCAAAUCCACGCUGGAACAGGCAGACUUCCUUCACAUCAUCACCCAGGUCGCCGCCGGAAUGGAAUACCUUUCUAGCCACCAGGUUGUGCAUAAAGAUCUCGCAGCCCGGAACAUUCUGGUUUUCGACAAACUCAGCGUCAAGAUACUGGAUCUUGGCCUCUUCCGAGAUGUCUACUCAGCUGAUUACUACAAUCUGAUGGGAACAAGUCCUUUCCCCAUUCGAUGGAUGUCCCCUGAGGCUCUAAUGUAUGGAAAGUUCUCCACAGACUCGGAUAUAUGGUCUUACGGUGUUCUGCUUUGGGAAACCUUCAGUUACGGUCUCCAGCCUUAUUGCGGCUACUCCAACCAUGACGUAAUAGAGAUGGUGCGCGGUCACCAGGUGCUGCAGUGCCCCGACGACUGCCCCGUUUGGAUAUACACCCUCAUGCUUGAGUGUUGGAGCGAAUUCCAAGCCAGACGGCCUCGUUUCAAGGACAUCCACACGCGCCUGCGCUCCUGGGAAAGUAUUUCCAAUUAUAAUAAUUCCGCUCAAACAUCAGGCGCCAGCAACACUACCCAGACGAGUUCCCUCAGCACCAGCCCCGUCAGCAAUAUCAGCAUGAGCACAGUGAACGCCUCGCGUUACACAAGCCCAAAAAAGACCUCACCGUUCCAUCAACCCCAGUUCAUGCCGAUGAAGAGUCAAAUGCAUCGGCCGAUGGUCCCUCCGCAGCUCUACAUCCCCGUCAAUGGCUACCAUCCUAUGCCGGCCUACCAAUACAUGCAGAAUUUUUACCCCAUGCAAAUACCCGUGCCUAUGCCCCACCAACAAGUCCAUCACCCGGCCCAGAUGGUUCCUAAGGCGAAUUCGCACCACAGCGGUAGCGGCUCCACAUCGACCGGCUACGUCACCACGGCUCCUUCCAAUAAUUCCGUGGCGGAGCAAGCAGCGUUACUCAACGAGGAACCCAGAGCCAACCACGAAGACGCGGUUGACAGGUCAUCGCAGGUCGAGCUCCAGCAAAAUGAGCACUUGUCACUGCCUGAAACAGAAUUAUUGGGUGAUAACGAAGAACAGACUGAUGACCCGGUGAUGGAAUUGUCAGACACUUAG